AUGAUGCGUCCACAGACCACAAAAGAGGAACAGUCCAGAGAUGACACCUCAAACGAGAAGCAGGACCCUAUUGAACGCAGAAGACUUCAAAAUCGGCUAUCUCAGAGGAAUCAUCGUCAGUGGAACCUUUACAGUGUUAAUGCCAUUCUCAUCAUACAUUCACUCACCCGCUCAAUAGGCCGCAAGAUCCGGGACAGGAUCGCCAAACUUCAAGAGCGUGUUAUCGCUAGCGAGCUCAGAGCUGUUGCAACUCUGAAUGGAUGGGACCAAGCGAGUCCUUCAGCGGCGUCGAUCACCGAAUCCAGGCCGCAAGGUGACUUUGAUAGCAGACCGUUGGCUUCUACUCCAGAAGGUCCAGCAAUUUUGAAUGCCCCCCAACGAAACGUCUCCUCCAGCCUUUGUCGUUCCUGCUGUAGUCUACUGGACCAGAUACCCGCGUCGUCGUCUCUACCUUCCCCACCUUCACCUCUGCCGUUUGACAUUGGACUCGCCAACGGGGUUGACCCUGCCAACUCAUCACCCUCUACUCUCUUGAACUCUUCUCCCUCCUCAUCUCAGCUCAGUCCUUUCAGCUUAGAUGCAUCUUUGAAUAUGACGGGGCUUCAUACUCCGAAUGAAUUCGGCUAUCCGCAAUAUCCUGACCCUCCAGGCUCCCAACAAUAUCCACAUUGCCCGCACUACUACGUAGCAACAGGUGAGACCUACACUGCCCUAGUGCCAAUGACCAAUUAG